GGCGGUGGGCGGGCCAGGGCGGGCUCGACUCUGGCGACGUACGCCGACGACAGAAGCGUUCUCCUCGCGCCGCCGUCUGCGCGCGCGCCGCAUAACUUGAUUAACGCACAGAAAACUGAUUUAUUGUGUCGCGUUGAAAAAAUAAUCGGCCGCCGGUGAAGAAAUGUGAUGGAGGGACAGGAGUGGCGGGGCGAGUGGCAGCAGCCGCGCCAACUCGAUGGUAUCGUAUCUUCGAGCGGAUGUCCUCGCGGCGGGUUUGCCCUGUCGCAGUCCCUGGUGGAGCGGCUCGGUCGGGAUCACGAGCAGUUGCCAGUGCUGCCGCCGUUGCAUCAUCCCAUCAGAGAUAAUUCAGUAUGCGCGCGCAGUACGUACUCCCCACUGCAGGCGCUCAGCGAAAGCACGUGCCGGGACCCCGGCGUGUCCGCGCCGCCGCCGCAGCCGCCGCCUAGAGUACAGGCGUCGAACCAAAACGUGACAGUGCACCCGGCAGUCGCACGAUGCACGGCCACUCUCGAGCUGGCGGCACUAUGGCGCAGCUUCCACGAGCUGGGCACGGAGAUGAUCGUGACGAAGGCGGGGCGCCGCAUGUUCCCGGCGCUGCAGGCAAGGCUCGCGGGGCUGCUGCCUAAUGCUGACUAUCUGCUGCUCGUCGACUUCGUGCCGCUGGAUGAUAAGAGAUACCGAUAUGCUUUCCACAGCUCAAGUUGGGUGGUGGCGGGUAAAGCGGACCCGGUGUCGCCGCCGCGCAUCCACGUGCACCCGGACUCGCCCGCGCCCGGCUCCAACUGGAUGCGCCAGCUCGUCUCCUUCGACAAACUCAAGCUCACCAACAACCAACUUGAUGAUAAUGGACACAUAAUCCUGAACUCGAUGCACCGCUACCAGCCGCGGCUGCACGUGGUGUACCUGCCGGGCGAGGGGCAGGCGGCGGCGCCCGGCACCGUGCCCUACCGCACCUUCGUGUUCCCGGAGACCGGCUUCACCGCUGUCACCGCUUACCAGAACCAUAGGAUAACGCAAUUGAAAAUAGCGAGCAAUCCCUUUGCGAAAGGAUUCAGAGACUGCGACCCCGAUGAUUGUCCCCCCGAACAGAGUCAGCGCGGCGGCGGCGCGCGGCGGCGCGAGUCGGCGGCGGCGGAGGCGUGCCCUCAGCUGGCGCAGCCGUACGCCGCCGAGCCCAGCGCCUGCGGCCCGCUCUACCCGCCGCACGCGCAUCCCGUGCGUUACCAACCGCACGCAGGCCACAACAGCGCCUACAGUGCUUACUACGCUCACAGAUAGCUGGCCACGUACCGCGAGCGAUAGUGUAGUGAAUGUAAAGACAACGCCCGCUGACGACCGCGAUCCGACAGAGUGAGCGACCGCGUCGCUGGAACGCGCACCAUCUGUCAAUGUUACCGCCUUAUGGGGAAUUUGAAAAAAGAACUCGUUUUGAGGCUCUGGGGAUGUUCUUAAGUCUAUGUUGGGUUCUAAAGCUCUUCUAAAUUCAAAAAUGUUUCGUUGGACAUAAAAGUUGUCUAUGUUCUAUAACGUUUCGGAUCGUUUGUGAUUUUGAAAGUAAGAAUUCGUAUUUUGAUGUAAAAUUAUUGUAUAAAUAAAUUAUGAAAUUGAUUAGUUUGUAAUUUUGGUAGUGUAGGGCGAAAUU